AUGAAGAAGUUCCUUAAGGAUACAAACACAUUUUCAUUAGUACUGCUGUUGGUAAUGGUUUGUCUAGCAGAUCAAGGCGAAAGCCAAACCUGUUCCAGAUCAUUCUUCUCGACCAUGAUUCAACUGAUCCCUUGCAGACCGGCAGUAGUCUCAUUUAGUCCCAUUGGCCCGAGCCAGGCAUGUUGUCAAGCUGUUAGAACUCUUGGUCAGCCUUGUUUAUGUUUCCUAGUAAAUGGUCCUCCCAUUUAUGGUUUUGAUCGCAGCAUGGUCUUACAGCUACCUGAAAAGUGUAUCGUUAACUUUGAACCAUGUAAUAUUGGGAAAUAA